GUGUCCUUGUCUAAACGACAUACUCAUAGUUGGCGUCGCCAAACGACCACGUACCGCCCACAAGCGAUAAAGCCAGCCAAUCAUGAUGCACCUCAUUAGUUUGGUGGUUGAGUAUGGGCCAAUCAGAGGGAAGAAUGGUCCUGCGUCACAUGAAAAUCAAAGUUGUUGUAGAGCGCGGCGGGGAGGAGAUGAAAAGUAUCCUGUGGAUGACAGAGAAAACAGGCGGCGGACAAAGUUUUGCCACCAAGCGCAGGAUUUUGUUGUGACUUCCACUCGAGAUGACGGAAAUCAACGAGAAGGAGAACGAACCACAACACCACGACCUCCAACGACCACGGGCUACUGUGCCCAGCCAGCCCGAAUCAAAGCUCCAGCGACUGAAGCGCUCCUUGUCCUUUAAAUCAGUAAUGCGCAGCAAGAGUGUGGACAACUUCUUCCAGCGCAGCAACGGCGACGCACGUCCUCCUUGCACGCUCAUAAUCCCCCCAGCUCCGCCGCCGUCGCCUCCCCCGUGUUCGGAGUCCCCCUUGGCCUACGAGCGAUCGCCCUUCCUCUCGCCGUCCGCCAGCCCCAUCCCCUCGCUUUCGGAGUCGCUCCACUCUCCAUCCAUCUGCCCCUCGCUGUCUCUCAGCUCCAAGGGUCUACCCAAGUCUACGGGUCAGCCCGCAACGCCACCCAAGACUCACUGUUUCCAGGAGCACGUCUUCCGCAGGCCCACCAACUGCGAGCGAUGCAAACAUUCGAUUCAAGGAAACUCUAAGCAAGGACUGCGUUGUAAAGCCUGCAAAAUGGCCGCACACCUCUGGUGUUUUGCAGAGCUCUCCCAGCAGCCCUGUGUUGGCAAGACGGGAGCGUUUAAAAGGAACUUCAGCUCACCUCUACUAACCACCGACUCACUAAGCGUGGUCAGGGAGGCUCCUGAUGUCCAGGAGGCCGAUAACGUCAACCUGGACCCCGUGUAUGAAGCACUGCGAUACGGCACGUCGCUGGCUCAUAUGAGUCGCUCCAGCUUUGGAAGCAUCACGGAGUCACCCUGUCAUGAGGCUGAAAAGCUGCAAGACAAACUAGAGAAUCAGCCAAUCGCUGAAGAGGAGCCCAUUCCAGGAAUGCUCACCCCUCCUGAAAGCGAGAAGGCGGAUUCAGAAGAGCGGGUCAGCCUGAAGACCCCCAAGCACGUUGAGAUCCACUCCAUCCACACAUAUGUGGCGCUCUACAAGUUUCUGCCUCAGGAAAAGAAUGACUUGGAACUUCAGCCUGGGGAUCGGGUCAAAGUCACAGAUGACUCCAAUGAGGACUGGUGGAAGGGGAAAAGCCAAAACAAGGUGGGAUAUUUCCCUGCCAACUUUGUGCAGCGCGUCCGCCCCGGCGAGCGGGUGUGGAAGGUCACGGCUGGUUUCCACGGCAACAGAGACAAAGGCCAGAUGACGGUGAAAGAGGCCCAGAUCUGUUUCGGAAAAAACGAGGACAUUGAUGGCUUUCUGCGUCUGAGCAGCGGGAAGAAGCGAGGCUUGGUCCCUGUGAACAUCCUACUUGAAAUAUGACCUCUUUUUAAUCACUACUUAUUUUGCUGAUAAUAGUAAUAGUAUUAAUAAGUAUACUUGACGGAAGAAUCCGAGAAUGUUUUCCUCAAUGGAAGUGGCUUUGCUAAUUUGUUUGUUUUUUUUUGUUAGAUUUUUUUCAGUGCAGAAACUUAAAGCCCGAGUGAGUGACUUUCUUUAGAGCUACUCUACUGUCGCUCACGUCAGAAAUGUAGCACCACUCUGAGGAAUAUGUGCAGGAAGUCUGGAUACCUCAUUCCGGUUCCCUGGAAUACAAAAGUGCGCUGAAACUUCUGGAAGCGAACUGAAACUGCUGACUGUCUCCACUCCGCGUAGGGAAAAUAUAGCGUUGCCGCUUGGCGUUAAAAGAUUUGAAAGGCCACUGUUAUUCACUCAUUUAUGUAUCAUGUACAUACAUGCCUGUGCUUCCUAGUUCAUCUAAAAAAAUACCUUCUCAUACCUCACAUACACACAUCUAGCGCCGCUCUUAUUUAAAAGUUUUAACAGCACGGACGUCUCUCGCGUUGGCCGUCUGUCUUCAUGCACAGAUGUUGUCCAUAAAAUCUGCCUUAUCAGCCGGUUAUUUAUAUCAUUUCUGUUGGAGAGAGUGUGCUGAAAGUGCAGCACAGCAAAAAACAUAAUCCCCAACUCAGUGUCAAAAAGGAGGCGGCGGCUGUCAAAUGUCUUUUUUUUUCUCUCCCUCUCUGUGGGUUGCGUAAGUUGAGUCCUUCAUAAUGCGCAGGAUAAAUGACAAACGCCUUUUUUUCUGCUUUAACCGAACAGCAUGGAUUUAUAGCAGGGGUCACCAACGCGGUGCCCGUAAGGACCAAAUGAGUCGCCCGCUGGCCCGUUCUAAAAAUAGCUCAAAUAGCAGCACUUACCAGUGAGCUGUCUCUAUUUUUUAAAUUGUAUUUAUUUGCUAGCAAGCUGGUCUCACUUUACUCGACAUUUUUAAUUCUAAGAGAGACAAAACUCAAAUAGAAUUUGAAAAUUGAGGGACGGUAUAGCU